CCAGUUCCCCCUAUGCUAUCGACAUCGCCACUCUCCCUAAAGAUUAUUAAACUCAAAGGUGUAAACUUUAUGGACUUUGGCCAGAUAUCUUUGGCUGCCAGCUUGAUUAGAAGGGCUACGAAUUUGCAAGAACUUCAUAUUGAGGCUUCUACAGUCAAGCUAAACCAGGAACAAGUCUCAGGUUAUCUAGAACUCCUGGACUGCAUAACCUUUCCCCUUAGCAAGCUUCAUCUGGUCAAGUUAACGAAUAUCUCAGCUUUCGAUCCUGAGUUUGGGUUUAUCCGGUUCCUUCUCCUUAGCUCGCCAUCACUCGUGACAAUGAGCAUCCUGGAGCACCCCCAACUUGAAGCAGAAAAAGCAUUAAAUAUAGUUAGGAAGCUGCUCCAGUUGCGGCCACCAUCAGCAGCGUCUAUAGAUUUCUCGAGGGGCAGUAAAAAUUUAAAAAAAUGAGCGUUUCAUAGUGUUAGUUUCAGGGAACUGGUCAGGUCAUUAGACC